AUGAGUAAUGUGGGGGGAGCCCAUGCGAUCCUUGGCGGCCCACUCCAAGAAGGUGCUGAACGCCUCAAAGGCGGCACAGGCGACGGAGCAUCCCAUGGGCAUGGCCCUGUCUACGUACCAUUGAUCCCUGAACUUGAAGCCCAGGAGGCAGAAGUCCUGAGGCUCACCUAUGGCUCCACUUCAGCCGUGAAUGAAAAAUUAUCAGAACUUUCUUUCUAUCGGAUGAUCCCAAAUGAAGCUCAGCAAUACAAAGGGCUUCUUCACUUAAUUCUGCACUUCGGGUGGACAUGGAUUGGCCUCAUUGCUGUGGACAAUGAAUGUGGAGACAGCUUUCAACAAGACAUGCUUCCUCUCUUUUCGCAGAAUGGCAUCUGUGUGGCCUUCAGAGAAAAAAUUGUCCAUGUGUAUACGGCAGAAUAUUAUUUUGAAGCAAUAAAAUAUGCAUGGAAAAUAUUUGGUAUUAUGAUAAAGAGUAAAGCCAAAGCAGUUAUCUUUUAUGGAGAUACUGGGUCUCUCUCGUAUAUCAGAUGGUCUAUUAAAUUUUCAGAGUUAGGAUACUCACAAGCAAUGCCUAAAGGCAAAGUGUAUACUAUGACAAUUCAAUUGGAUGUAGCAUCAUAUUAUUAUCAAAGAAAGUGGGACCUACAGUUCUUUCAUGGUGCUAUAUCCUUCGCAGUUCACAAAAACAAACCACCAGGAUUCCAGCAAUUUCUUCAGAACAGGCAGACUCUUUGGACUAAAGGAAAUGACUUCAUCAGGGAAUUCUGGGAACAGGCAUUCCUCUGUCAGUUCCCAGAUUCCCCUUUGGACAAGGGUUUUGAUCAAACAUGCACUUGGGAGGAGAAGCUGGACAGCCUGCCUGGAGAUGUCUUUGAAAUGAAUAUGACUGGCCGCAGCUACAGUAUCUACAAUGCUGUCUAUGCUGUGGCUCAUGCUUUGCAUCUUCUCCAGUCAUCCCUUUACAGAUAUAGAAGAAUAGUGCAGAAGAAGAAAUGUAACCUCUUAAGACAAACAUCAUGGCAGCUUCACCACUUUCUAAGAAGGAUCUCCUUUAAUAACAGUGCUGGGGAUGAAAUUUCAUUUGAUACCAGUGGAGAAUUAGUAACAGGGUAUGAUGUAAUUAACUGGCUAGCUUUCCCAAAUCAAUCAUUUUUUAAAGUGAAAAUUGGAGAGUUUAAUCCAGAAGCUCCUGCAGAGCAAGAAGGGCUUACUCUUAGCGAAGAUGACAUCAUGUGGAACAGCUGGUUUAACCAGACACAGCCUCUCUCUGUCUGCAGUGAAAGUUGCCACUUAGGUCAUAGGAAGAAAAUGAAGGAAGGGGAGCCAUUCUGCUGCUAUGAUUGUGUCCCAUGUCCAGAAGGGAAGAUUUCCAACAAGCAGAACAUGGAUGACUGCAUCACUUGCAGAGAAGAUCACUACCCAAACAGGGGACAAGACCAGUGCAUUCCCAAAGAAAUUACUUUCUUAUCUUACGAAGAGCCCUUGGGGAUCACUUUAGUAGCUUUUGUUGUUUUUAGUUCUCUCACUACUGGUUGGAUGCUCGGAGUCUUUAUCAAGCAUCACAGCACCCCCAUUGUCAGAGCCAACAACAGGGACCUCACUUACUGUCUCCUCAUCUGCCUCCUCCUUUGCUUCCUUUCUGCUUUGCUAUUCAUUGGUCAGCCAGCACGGGUGUCCUGUCUCCUCCAACAAAGCAUUUUUGGCAUGGUCUUCUCAGUUGCCGUUUCUUGCGUGCUAGCAAAAACGAUCACAGUGAUUCUGGCUUUCUUGAGCAUCCAGCCCGGAAGCAGCAUGAGAAAGUGGGUGGGGAAAAGAGUGGGCAAUGCUAUUGUGAUUUCCUGCUCCCUUUCCCAAGCAGCCAUUUGUUGUACGUGGCUGGCAACUUCUCCCCCAUUCCCAGAUGUCGACAUGCACUCACAGACUGAAUCCGUUGUCUUGGAAUGCAAUGUGGGCUCUGUUGCCAUGUUUUACUGCAUUUUGGGCUACAUGGGCUUGCUGGCCCUUGUUAGCUUUGUGGUGGCUUUCCUUGCCAAGAAGUUACCGGACAGUUUCAAUGAAGCCAAAUUCAUCACUUUCAGCCUAUUGGUCUUUUGCAGUGUCUGGGUGUCUUUUGUUCUGACCUACCUGAGCACCAAGGGAAAAUUCAUGGUGGCAGUGGAGAUCUUCUCCAUCUUAGCCUCCAGUGCUGGGCUGCUGGGCUGUAUCUUUGCCCCUAAAUGUUACAUUAUUAUUCUCAGGCCUGAGUUGAAUAACAGGGAUCAGUUGAUUAGAAGAAAAGGCCAAUAA